ACCAACAGCUUCACAGCAUUAAACGCACGAGUCAGACAAAAUAGGACUCAGACACAAAGGAAUAACAAUUUAUAAAUUAAAUUUAAUAAAAAAAAUAUUCGGAGUUAAGGAGCCCCGUCUUUUUUAUUUGUUUAGACUAAGAAAUCCGUGGAGCUUCUUUCAGCUGCUGUGUUGAGAAGCAGAGACAAUCAUGAUCCUCCUGGCUCCCUCUUCUGGUUUGUUCCGGUGCACCGACAAGCCCUUUCUGAGUGAUCAGGACGCUGGACUCCAGAUCAAAGAGUUUGCUCGUAAAAAUGCAGCUAAUGCUCUGUCGGUGUCCAACAUGGUCAUGGGCAUGGCCUCCAUUCUCAGCAGUCUUAACGGGCACCAUCAUGCUGCAUGUUGGCUGGUUCUGAUUGGCUACCUGCUGGAUUUGGCAGAUGGAGCAGUUGCCAGGCGACUCGAUGCCUGCUCUGCACUGGGUGCAAAACUGGAUGAUUUUGCUGAUUUCACCACCUUUGGGAUUGCCACAUCUCUGCUGCUGAGGACACCUGACCUGCUGGACAACAUCCUCUGCAUGUGUUAUGUCCUGUCUGUGUUCGUCCGUCUCUGCUUCUUCUCAAGCGGGAUCCCGUUCAUGUACCGCGGCCUGCCCUGCAUCUACUCCUCGGCCAUCUUGGCCAGUGCCUCUUUGCUGUCAGGUGGAAACAUGGCUGUGCUCCGGGUCAUUGCCGUGGCCAUGAUCCUCUUUAUGAUCAGCCAGAACUUUUAUCCCCAUGACCGAGUGCUGGAGUCCCAGGCCUGGAAGAAAGUUGUGUACGUUGGAGGAGUUGCCAUGGUGUUCUGCUCCUCCUUCCCCCCUGCAUGUGUGUACUACCUGCUGUGGUCCAUCUCAUAUAUUUUGUUCCCAACAUCCCUUUGGAGCAGUAAAGUGUAAUCUUCGGGUAGGUUUACCUCUGGCCCGUCCGGGUGAACCCAGGAUUCCAGACUGCUGCUGCUCCCUCCUGUCACGGAGCAUCCAAGCUAAAAAAAAGAUGUACUCUAUUUAACCCUUUAUUUUAAUGUGACACCUGACUGAGAAGAGUUAGAAUGAGGGACACGGAGUAUGUUUUAAUGUUUCCGGUAAGGAUUAACCUUCUUGCUGUCUUCUGCUUUUGCUAUAUUAACACUGUUGUGUUGUAAAACUGCAUUUUCAUGAGGUUUUAUAUCAUGUUUAUUCUCCUUUAUUCAGUAUUAAUACAACCUCCCCAUCAGUGUCAAGAACACAUGGCAGCAGGAGAUGUAAAAAUAUAUUAUUUUAUUGAAGACAUUUCUUAUAUAUUUAUUUCUCUAAUGUGGCUAAAUCUCCAAUUGAACUGGAAAUAAUUCAUGUAGGUAAAGCUUUGAAUCCUUGAACCUGGAGCACAUUUGAGGUUUAUAUGUAACACAGUGAUGGGCAUUGAUUUAAUAAGACCAGUCAUGAUUUGA